UGGUCAGUAGUUGUUGGUGUUGACAACAUCUUUAUGCAAUUCAAUAUACGUACGUACCCUAUUAAAAAUAAAGAUUUUUAACUAAAUUUGGCUAAUACAACAAGCCAGUUCUUAGCAUAUACUGAACAGAAAGGAAAACUCAACCGAUUUCUAGCAUUUCAUACUUUAUUUAAUGGCAUCAUCGAGUAAUUUGAAUGAAGCAAUGUCGGUGGACAAUAUGGAGGAAAUUCUUGCUGGUGUCGGCAGACAAGAAGCUUUAAAACGUAGAGCUUUUAAGAAGCGCCGCAAAAGAAAUCAAACGAAAAUUUUUUACCUGUUGGAAAAUGCGGGCAAAAUAAGCGAAGAAAGCGAUACGACUGAUGAAGCUUUGAGGGAUUAUAUGGAAAACAUCGCAGCACAAAGUGACUCAGAUUUGGAAAAUUCUAUUGCUAAACGUCUUUCUUCGUUGCGUUGCCAGCUAAAUAAUCUAACGAACGGCUGUUCUGACGCUUAUCCGAAUACAGAGAAAGCGGAGAGCGACUCAUGUGCCGAAAUUAACUAUCACAAAAAGAGAAGAAAGCGAAAACGUAAACUGAAGAAAAUGUGUAAUGGCAGCAGUAUAAGUAAUAAUUAUGGAGGCUCGUCUGUAACUCUACAACCUAGCAUGCUGAAGAUGCCUUUUUCGAUGAACGUUGAUACCACUGAAGCUCGAGAUAUUAACAGCAGUAAGCACAUCAUUCUUAGAGCUCAUCGUAGCAGGUUGAAUGAUGACGACUUCUUGGCAGAUGCUGAAAAUGGACACACAAGCAGUUGGGGUGAAAAUUUAAACAACUUGCCAAUGUCUAUAUCACGUUCCAUGGAAUGUUCAACAUGGCCUGAAUUACCAGACAUGGAGGCCUGUCAUGCAAUGGAUAGGCAAUCAGAGUCUUGUAACGAGAGCAUGCAUGUUGUGAAGAAUAGCAUGUCAUCGAGCAGUGAUGAAGAUGUUUUUACCAACGAUGAAGGUCAGUUUGGUGAUGAUGAAAGAGAAGAAAGUUGUUAUGAAACAGAUUCCCAAUGCAAUUGGCUGCAUACUGCUGCAAACAGUGAUGAUGAUGAACAGAAAUUUCAUAAACUAUAUCGAGAAACUUUGGAAUAUCUUAAAUCAAAACCUUUUUUUCUAGAUGAAGACCAAGUUUCAAAUCCACGAACAUCUGGGUCCAGUUUUUUAAGAUCUGAGAUGGGGCCUUUAACAAUGCUCGAGGUUAAUAAACGAAUAAAGAAAUUCCUGCAAGAUCCUACUAAAGUGGAGUUACGUCUUGCACAUGUCAAAAGGAAAGAUAAAGAGGAGUUAUCUCAGCUGGCAGAACUCUACUCUCUUCACUGUAAGAUGGAAGAUUCACCAAGAAGGGGAACAGUGAUACUUAUAAAAACCAGGAGCACAAGUAAACCAGCUCAGUCAGCUUUGUGUCAUUUACUGGGCAGACCAUUCAGAGAAAUGUACAAGCACGAUUCUCACGUUUGUAGCCCUGGAAUCGAUGUCAAAAGACGAAAGAAGGCAUCAUCCUUUGUUCAUGGUUUAGUCGGUGAAAGUGCUCCACCUUUGAGUGCAAAUAAUACUGGUUAUAGAAUGUUGCAGACCAUGGGUUGGGCACUGGGUCAAGGUUUGGGACCCACCAGCUCGGGGAUACGCGAGCCUGUAGAAGCAUUUAAACGGCCCGGGCGUAUUGGCCUGGGACACUCUGGUGCAUCGUGAAUUGAAUAAUAACAAAGACAUGCAAUCAAAGAAAUUUUAUCGAACAAUUGUGUACAGUCGAAUUAACUUGAAAUUUUAGCCAUCUUUUAGAUUUACUCGCAGUGUGUAACGCUGUUACUGUAUCCACCCUUUUUGUAUGGGCAAAUCAUGAAUUUAAGAUUCUCUUAUUAAACAAAAGAAAUUCCCCAUUUCA